GAUAUCAAGAAAGUUGGACAGAACGAAGAUGAAGGGACGGGAGGUGAAGAGGACGAAAUAAAUGAGCACGAACAUGAGAAAUCGGAUGUAGAAAUUGAUAGAGGUGGAAUUUAUAGACGAAGGGAAGUCAGGACAUGAGGGUGAUGAGAACAGCGCAGAAGAAAAAUAUUCUGAAGAGAAUAAUGGUGAAAUGGAGAAAGGUUCUUUGGAGGACAGUGAUCAUGAUGGAGAUGAUCAUUGUGCACAUGAAGCACGCGAGGAAAAUUACAAAGCUGACGAUGCUUCUAGUGCUGUGGCACAUGAUAAUCAAGUCGUCGAUCUUGAAAAGGAGAAUGGAAGCUUUGAAAACAUGAAGGAGCGGCCCAAAACCAACAUUUUAGAAAGGGAAAAUAAGGAGAACGAUGGUGAGGGAAUCAAUUUAGGUGACAAAAUAUCAGAUUUAGAGGUGAAUGAUGGGGAUGUGGCUAAAAGUGACAACCAAUGAGGCAGAGGAGAAUCUGAAAAAAAAUUCUGAGAGCAGCUCACUUUUAAAUACAACAUUGACUGAAGGGACAAUUGAUCAUAGAGAAA